AUGAAGCAUCAAUGGCGGUUGCUUCUUUUACGGAGUUACCGCUCCAGUCAUCGUCCAUUUCUCUCACACGACUCCCGUUUCCAGGUAAUCCCCAAUUCAAUCCGAUCCUUCACUCAUUUCCUCCAUGAACGUUCUGGAUUUGGAGCUUUGCAACAAGGCCAGUGUCUUCUCGCCUUGCCUCCGCCAGUGACGAUCUCUGCUGGCCGAAGCUUUUCAUCUGAGCCUACUUCUGCUACCGAAGAGGAAACUUCUGCUGAGGCAGUCGUGAUUGAUGUGUUUAGCAGAUUGAGUAGUAACGAUGAGAUUACGAAAGAGCUUGAUUCGAAUAAUAUCGUGAUUAGCCAUGACUUAGUGUUGGAAGCUCUGAGAUCGCUUGAAUCAAGCCCUGAUGUCGCGGGAAGGUUCUUCCGGUGGGUUUCGGAAGCUUCUCCGAGAAAAAUCUCCUCCAAGAGCUACAACACGAUGCUGCUUAUUCUAGGUGUUAAUGGGCUUGUUGAUGAAUUUUGGAAAUUGGUUGAUGAUAUGAAGAAGAAAGGGCAUGGCGUAUCAGCUAACGUCAGGGACAAAGUGGGUGAGAAAUUUCAGAGAGAUGGCUUGAAAGGUGAUCUGAAUAGACUGAGAGAGAUUUUCGCUUCAGGCUCUAUUGAUAAUUCGAUUUAUAAGGUUUGCAAUAGGGUUUGUAAGAUUGUGAUGAAGGAUGAAUGGAGUGCUGAUUCGGAGAAACAGCUAAGGGAUUUGAAGAUUAAGUUUGACAGCGAUCUGGUGAAGAUGAUAGUGGAGAAACUCGACAUGGAACCGAGGAAAGCGUUGCUGUUCUUCCGUUGGGUUGAUGAGUCUGGCAGCUUUAAGCAUGAUGAGAAGACGUAUAACGCCAUGGCAAGGGUUUUGGGGAAAGAGAAGUUUCUUGAUAGGUUUCAGAGCCUUAUUGAAGAAACCAGGAGUGCUGGUUAUGAGAUGGAAAUGGAGACUUAUGUGAGGGUUUCAGCGAGGUUCUGUCAGACUAAAAUGGUUAAAGAAGCUGUGGAAUUGUUUGAGUUUGCAAUGGCGGGUGGCAACACGCCUACUGCUCACUGCUGCAGCUUACUGAUGAAGAAAAUCUGCACAAGCAAGAAACUAGACAUGGAUUUGUUUUCGAGAACUGUGAAAGCUUAUACCGGAAAUGGAAACGUGAUGACGGAUACAAUGAUGCAGAGUGUUCUCAAGUCAUUGAGAAGCGUUGAUAGGAUUGGGCAGAGCAGUGAGGUGUUGAAAGCGAUGAACGAAGAAGGCAGCGGCUAUGUACCUAGCGGGAAUCUGCAGAGUGUGAUUGUAUCGGGACUUAGUCGUAAGGGGAAGAAAGAUGAAGCCAAUGAAGUUGUGGAGUUUAUGGAUGCCUCUGGAAACAAGCUAGAUGACAAAGCAAUGGCAUCUUUAGUUGAAGGGCAUUGUGAUGCAGGAGAUCUCGAAGAAGCUUCAACGUGUUUCAAGAAGAUGAUUGGCAAAGAAGGGGUCUCUUAUGCUGGUUAUGCAUUUGAGAAGUUGGUGCUUGCUUAUUGCAACAGUUUUGAGGCGAGAGAUGCGUACAAGCUUUUCACCGAGCUAGUGAAACAGAACCAAAAGCUGAAACCUUGGCACAGUACGUACAAGAUCAUGGUGAGGAAUCUGUUGAUGAAGAAAGUGGCAGUCGAUGGUGGGUUUGAAGAAGCUUUGAGUCUUCUACGUCUGAUGAGGUAUCAGGGCUUCCCUCCUUUCGUGGACCCGUUCAUAGAUUACUUCUCAAGUAGUGGAACAGCUGCAGAAGCUUUUGCGUUUCUGGAGGCUUUGACUUCGAAGAAGUUUCCAUCUAAUGUAAUGGUGAUGCGCGUGUUUGGAGCAAUGUUGAAGUCUGGAAGGCAUAGAGAAGCUCAGGAUCUGCUGUCUCUCUCCCCGAGUUAUAUCCGUCGCAAUGCAGAUGUUCUACAGCUUUUCAGUUCCAUGAAACCUCCUGGUAAGUGUUCUUUAGAGAAACCUUUACCUUCUCCUGCUCUUAUCGAAGCCUAA